UCUCAGAAGACAAUAGGUCUGAUGAGGAUGCAGUUUUGGAGGCAAGUGAUUGAAAACAUUUACAGUGAUAAUCCUCCUCACCAACCCAUUGCCAUCGAAUUGUGGAAGAUACAUCUGACCAUCAUGCAAUUGGUACGGGUGACAACUACCUUUGUGAAGGUGAAGAAUCUCUUCACAUUGAGGAUACCCUUCAUCAUAACGUGAUACUACACGAUGCUACAUGGGAUAGAUAUCAAACAAAUCUAACAACUGAAAACCGGACAUGCACGAGGCACUGUCAACCAUCAGCAGAAGCAGAACUGUAUUCAGCACAAUCUGUAACCUCAUGGUUCUGUUCAUCUCUCACUCUGCCAUUGUUAUCAUCUGGUGGAAUCAAACAUUGUUCAGUGAAAAGUGCAGAGGGGAUACCAGGAGCAGCAAUAGGCACAACUAAAAAUGAAAUGUCAGCCUGGUAAAGCUACAAAAUAGGAUUAUUUGCAUGGCAAACAACAAAAGGGAGCAUGCAAUGGACAGCUAAGCAGCUCGCUACCAAUGCAUUAAAUCUAAACUCUACAGUCCUGCCGCAUCCAUUUGUGAAUGGUGAUGGAUAAUUAAACCACUAACUGGAGGAAGUAGUAUCAUAAAUGAUGGCAGUAAGAAAGCACAAGCUGACUAAGAGAUGGUUUCUGCGAAUUAUUGAGGAACGGGAAAGGAAUUUGAAUGAGAAAGCAUUUAGAAAUAUCCAGGAGCUGGAAUCUUACGCGGAAAACGCUCAGUCAUCAUUCAUCUAUCUCGUAUUAGAAGUUUUAGGUGUAAAGGAUAUCCAUGCGGAUCAUGCAGCCAGUCAUAUUGGAAAAGCUCAAGGAAUAGUGACGUGUCUACGUUCAACUCCUUAUCAUUGUAUGCGACGAAAGGUUUAUCUUCCACUGGACAUCUGUCUACUGCAUGGUGUGUCCCAAGAAGAUUUUAUUCGAGGAAACUGUGGAAAAAAUGUGAGGGAUGUCAUAUUCGAUGUAGCAAGUCAGGCGCAUGUUCAUCUUGAACACGCCCGAUCAUUCUGUAAAAAUGUUCCUUCAAAGGCCUACCCAGCAUUUUUGCAAACGGUUGUUCUCGAUGACUAUUUGGACAGAAUCCAUAAAGUCGAUUUCAAUGUGUUUCAUCCCAAUCUGCAGAAGAGAAAUACAAUGCUUCCUUUCUACUUGUAUAUACGUUCUUGGAGGAAAAUAUAUUAAUUCAAGCAAGGUUUCAGUAAUAAAGUUUAACCAUGGUAGUCAAUUUUAAAAAAAAAUGUAAAUAUUAUAUAAGACAGAUAUGAACAGUUUUCUGUCCUUUUUUAUCUUGCAUGAGCUGGGUUCAAAUUUAGAUUAGACUGACAGGAUGAAAGUCAAUUCUGUGUCUACUUGAUGGGUCUCACAAGAAAACAUUUGGGAUUGACAAUCGUUUUUAUUGUUCCUACAGUAAGGCUCACAGAAUAAAAUGGCUUACAAUUCAGCACUAAUCUGCAUAUUUGCUAUAGAAUGUGGUCUAAGAUUUUUGACUAAGAAAUGUUGAAAAUACUUAAUAUUUUGCCAGAGUUGCAUCUAAUCUGGGAGUACCUACUUUUGACAUUGGUGACAGAGGUAAAGGAACAUAUUCCACUCUUUUUGGUAUUAAUGUUCCAUUCUCCACCAGCGAUAGUUUUAAUAUCGAAGACAAAAACACGAUCCUUAAGAUGUAUUUUUUACUGUUCUGUUUAAAGCAAAUAAUGGUAACUUUAAAUAGCAUCUUUUUAAUGUAAUAUGGUAUUAUAAGGUGCUUCACAAGAGCGUCACAAAAUUUGACGAGUCACAAAUGCAAUAUUAGGGAGGAUGACCAAAAGCUUGGUGCAAGAACUAGAUUUUCAAGAAUACCUUAAAAGAUAAUUGGAGAGGUAUAAAGACAGAUUUUCAGAGCUUUGGAGCUUGACUGUUGAAAACACAGCCAGCGGUGGUUGAGUAAUUAAAAUUGGAGAUGCUCAAGAGGCCAGAAUUAGAGGCAUGCAGCUGUCUUGGGAGUCGGAUGUGUUGUAGAGUUGGUGAAAAUUUUAGAACUAACGUGGUGACAUGAUGGGAUUUGAAAACGAGAAUGUGAGCCUUAAUUUGUAAAUGUUGCUUGAUCUGGAGUUAAUAUAGGUCCGUAAGGACGAGGGCCAUGGUGGUCAAUUUAAAAAUUUGUAUGGUGAAUCGGAUGCACUGGGAGCUAGGGACACAAGCAGCAGAUUUUUUGAUUGCCUCAAGUGUACAAAAAUAGGACAUGGGAGGCUGACCUAGGGUAGGUUGGAAGAAUCAAGUCAAGAUGUAAAAAGGCAUGAUUGAGGGCUCCAGCAGCAAUUAAGAUGAGGUGGGGGACAGAGUUGAACAAUGUUGCAGGGGGAAAUCAGCAUUCUUGAUGAUGGCAGGGGAAUGUGAUUGGAAGCUCAUUUCUGGACUGAACAGGUGAAUAAUUGAAAUUUGUGAAUUAAUGUUAUUUGUUCAAACAACUGUAUUUAUUUUCCUGUCUUCCUUUUAAGUGAGUUCUUCCAGAAAUGUAAUGGAAUAGUUCCAAUUAAAAGUAGAUCCUAUGAAA